GGCACUCGCUGACCACUGACCAGUCAUCGCAGAGUGGCCCCUGAUUUCUGACUUGACUUGAUAAUUCCAAGUCCACCUUUCAACAUCGCGACUCGACGUCAAUUUCUACUACAACUUGUCUCACGCCUCGCCUCGCCUCGACUCGCGUCACUGCGACCUGCCGCUCCCUUCAGUUACGAUUCGAUUCCAGUUUUCCUUGCUUCUAAAACACCGCCGUUGCCGACUCUCAUAUUCCCAGCCUUCAAGUCUGCCGUGCGGACUUUCGAUAAUCUAGCUGUACCAUACAUAGCCCCUUGUUGUAAACAUUCCUUUAGGCCUUCACUUUUCGCCCUACGAAUCACACGCCGCUUCCGCCGCCGACGACGACGACGAAGACGACACCUAUAUACGUCUAAUUCCCUUACCUGUCGCGUUCUCGCACUCCACUGCUGCUCUACCCAACUUGAAUUCUAGCUAUUCUCAAUACAGUUUGCCAGCCUCCUCGAUUCGGAUACUUAAGAGCAUGUCGUCAUACCUGUAAAAUAUUACGCCUCAACUGAAAACGCCUUUAUUGCUCAAAUUGAAUUUCCGUAUCGAUGAUUCAUAGCCAUGGCUGCUCCUGCUCGGACUACGGACAAUGAGAGUUCGCCCGCCCCUCUGUUCCCCCCGGCGCCCCCAAGUGUCAUAUCCUCUCGUAUGACAGAUAUAGCAUCCGAAGAUGGCGAUGCAAUUGAAGCAGCCGUCAAGAAAAUCAACCCUGCGACUGAAUCGCGUCCGGGGACAGCAACUGGUACAUCAUCAGCUCGAGGCGGUAACUGGUCGCAAUCUCUGCCACUCCGAAAGGGCCUACAGCGAGGUAGUCUUAGUGGCAGCAUAGCGAGUGGGAGACCGUUGAGUUCUGCCAGUAAAACCAGUAGGAGUCAUGCCCCUUUAGCAUCCCAAGCGUUUUUUCGACCGAUGAGCUCUCAAAAGCUUCAAGCUCAACGAGCGCCACGCCCGCCAUCCCUCGGUCAGCACCGACCGAGCAUUGACGACUUGCCGGACGAGGAUGAUCAAUCCCAUAUUGCGCCACACGAAGUUCGCGUCCCAGCGGCCAUGAAUCGUAGUAGUCUGCCCACUAGCGACCUAGCUGAUGUGCAGCUACCGCCAUCGCGAGGUACGGAAACUACGGAGAUCUACGACCAUGUUACAUCUACCGCAAGCCCUACGCACGGCCACUACCCAGCCGUUAGCGUGACUGAUAGCGUCAGCCCAUUGUAUCGGAAACAGGCCGAAGAGAAGGGGCUAUCUUUAAAUCUUGAUAAAAGCAACAGUUACCGGAAUAAUGCCAACGCUCUAACCCCUAUCAAGACGCCGCACUCGUUCAGAUCUAGCUUGUUUAUGCCGGGCAUGGGCGACUCAUCAACUAACCGCCCAAAUCAUGAUAUGCGCGGCGCAGAAAAGUUGUCAUCUGGUACUUCAUCUCCGCGGCCAACCUCGAAUGCAGCUGAAGCUACUACUAAAGAAGUAAACCCCAACCCUCGUCUUGGUCGCAACCAUGAGUAUUUCGAAGGCAAUACAGUAUUCUGCCUGGGUGGACGUUUCCAGAACACUAGGCAUCGACCGAUCAAUAUCGGUACCGGACUUCUUAUCAUUUUGCCGGCUGCUUUAUUCUUUGGGGGAAGUGCCCCAUACUUAUGGCAUCAUCUGUCACCGGCAGUUCCCAUCAUCUUCGCCUACAUCUUUAUCAUCUCGCUGUCCUCAUUCAUCCGUGCAUCCGUGUCGGAUCCAGGGAUACUACCUCGGAAUCUUCAUCAAUUUCCGCCAGCGGAUGAAAAUGAAGAUCCCCUCCGUUUGGCACCUCCAACUAAUGAUUGGACAUUGAUUAAAUCUGCUGAACCGAGUAUAGCUGCUAUGGAGGUCCCGACCAAGUUCUGUAGGAGUUGCAACAUUUGGCGGCCACCCCGCGCUCAUCAUUGUCGUCUGUGUGACAAUUGCGUCGAGACUCAGGAUCACCAUUGCGUCUGGGUUAAUAACUGCGUAGGGCGUCGAAACUACCGCUACUUCUUUACCUUUGUCACUUCGACUAUGAUCAUGGGUAUCUACCUUAUUGGUGUCUCAUUUGCCCAGAUUGGUAUCUAUUCACAUCGAGAGGGAAUCUCAUUUGGCGAUGCAGUUGGUCAUUCCCGUAUUGCUCUUGCUCUGAUUAUAUACUCCAUUAUCGGCCUUCUCUAUCCAGCUGCGCUGACCGGAUACCACCUGUUUUUGAUGGCGAGGGGCGAAACAACAAGAGAAUUCCUGAACUCACAUAAGCUCCUCAAACAAGAUAGAUACCGGGCCUUUACACAGGGAAGCAUGUGGAGAAACUGGGUAGUCGUACUAUGCCGUCCCCGACCACCUACCUAUUACCGCUUUAAAGAUCUUUACGAGGAAGGCGACCAGCGUUUCGGAGAGCGGCGAAACCCGCAGGAAACUAGAAGGCCUGCUGCCACCCAGGACGUGGAAAUGCACUCUGUACGGCCGUUCCAAGGUCCGGUAUCCCUACGUAAUGAAGUGUCGACGCCGCGAUAGACACCCCUAUUUUCUACCCAGUCCGGAGCUCGCUGUAGAGCCACCUGUCAAACCAUUUUCUGUAUUCUUUUUAUUGAUAUUGCUCUAUACCCAUAAUAAUCGUUCGUUUCAUGCACAUAAUCUUCUUGAUACCACGGGGUUUUAUUUCAAGCAUAGUAUUUGGUGUCGUAGUUCCCUGCCCGGCGGCCGCAAAGAAGAUCUGAUGUAUUAGGUAGCACUAGAAGUGCUGUCUUUGCUUGUACGUGUAUGUGUAUAAGUUUAUCUUUUUUUUUAUUUCUUUGAGAAAGCGAUGGUGGGAUUGGGUAUGCUAUGCUGCGUUUUCUUUUUGUUUUUUUUUUCUCACAGAAUUAGAUAGAUGAAUGUGAUGACCCUUUUAAUGUCCUUCG